CUGACAAAAUUCUUUAUUGGCAAAAAUAUUAUUCAGUCGAUAAAAGCAAAUAUAUUCUUGGUCCUGUUGAGAUAUAUUAUCCUCAAAAAAAAGAAAAAACGGCAAGAGAUAAUUUAAAAGAAAACCCUUUAGAAUCUAAAGAUGGAAUACCAUCA